GAUCUCAGGGAUCGCAAAAUUAGAAGAUGCAAACAAGACUGGUAGAAGAAAUGCUCAGGACUGCACUUUAAUCCUAACCGAAGGUGACUCUGCAAAAACUUUAGCUGUUGCCGGGCUUUCCAAAGUUGGACGUGAUAAUUAUGGAAUUUUCCCACUCCGUGGAAAACUUUUAAAUGUUC